AUGGCCAUCCCAGCUGACGAUAGAGACUCUGGCGUCGCUCAUUUGCACGCUCCAGAAGCUGAUGCUCUGCUUGAGCAUCGCACCAUGACUCAACUUUCACAGGAGCCGCCUCGCUUGGAGCCUGCGCCUGACGCUGAUGCGGCUCGUCGUGUACUGCAUAAGAUUGACCGAGUCAUAAUCCCGUUGUUAUUUGUCACCUAUGCGCUCAAUUUCAUGGACAAAGUCAUCCUUUCGAGCGCGGCUGUUUUUGGUCUCCGGGAUGAUAACUACUUUGGCUAUCUCGUCUGGGAGUAUCCCACGACAGUCCUGAUUGCCCGUCUGCCCAUUGGCAAAUAUCUUACCACCAACACGGUUAUUUGGGGGGUUGUCGUUGGCCUGACCGCUGCUUGCAAAAAAUUUGGCGGCCUGAUGGCUGUUCGCUUCCUCUUGGGCGUGACCGAAGCCACCAUCACGCCUGGCUUCAUGUUCUUGACGUCAACCUGGUACACCCGUGAUGAGAUGCCCACCCGUGUAGGCAUUUGGUUCGCGGGCAACUCGGUUGGCGGCUUGCUGUCGAACCUGCUUGCCUUUGGGGUCGGGCACAUUGAAGACAAUAUACACCCUUGGAGAUGGAUGUACAUUAUCCUUGGCGUCGCAACCUUUCUCUGGGCGAUGCCCAUGUACCUCUUUCUUCCAGACAGCAUCUCAAGAGCCAGCUUCUUGACCACCGAGGAACGUCAAAUUGCAAAGAAGCGCGUCGUCGUUGCAGGCACAGGCUCCACAGAGAACUCAUCAUGGACAUGGGAUCAAGUGGCAGAGUGCUUGAUCGAUCCCAAGUCCUGGCUUAUCUUCUUCAUCAGUCUCUUGACGCAGAUUCCCAACGGCGGGACCCAAGGCUUCUCCAACAUCAUUGUCCAGUCCUUCCAUUUUAGCAACCUCCAAUCCACACUCAUCAACAUACCCUACUCUCUCAUCACAGCAGGUGUGAUUGCCGGCGCAGGCCAUCUAUCAGGACGCUUCCGCAAACUCAACUGCCUCCUCAUCAUUGCCGUCGUGAUGCCCUGCGUCAUUGGUGCCGCCAUUAUCUACCGCCGGACCGCCGUAUCUCACGGACUGCAACUCUUUGCUUACUUCCUCCUGUCCACGGGCCCCGCAGCAAUGCCGCUCGCCAUGUCUCUCGUGCAAUCCAACUUUCGUGGUGUCACCAAGAAAAUGACCAUGACGGCCAUGCAGUUCAUCGCUUAUUGCAUUGGAAACAUUGUUGGGCCACAGCUCUUCCUUCAGACCGAAGCGCCGUCGUACGACUCUGCUUUCCAGGCCAUCGUGAUCUGCUAUGCCUUGGCCAUUGCGCUGGCAAUUGCGCUCAGAUUCUAUUUGCAGUGGACGAAUGCGAAGAGGUCAAAGCUGGAGGGACUUGACGGCAGUGCUGGCGCCGACGGGAAGAUGCCGACACAACACCGUUGGAGAGACGUUGGCGAGGGGGCGACGGAGGUUCAACUACGACCUGAGGAUUACGAGGAUGUGACGGACUGGAAGAUGCUCGGUUUUAGAUAUCGUUUGUAA